UAAGGCUGUUAGCGGCGACUGAAGCUCUACGUGCUCCAUCAGCCUGAGCGAAAUGAAGUGGUUAAUGUGAUGGCGCGUCCUUAAUGUCAUGGCUCUCGGUCUUUGGAUUAUUCAGCCUUAGUUUUGUCGGCGAAACGACACGACAUGGCGGAGAGGUUAGAGUGGGUGGAGAUUGUGGAGCCACGCACACGUGAGCGGAUGUACGCUAAUCUACUGACUGGGGAGUGUGUUUGGGAUGCGCCCCCAGGGGUCCGUAUUAAACCCAGUGGAGAAGAUCAGUGGUGGGAGCUGUUUGACCCUAAAACGUCUCGCUUCUACUAUUAUAGUGCUGCUACGCAACGCACUGUUUGGCACCGCCCCAAGUCCUGCGACAUCAUUCCACUUGCCAAACUGCAGACCCUCAAACAGAACACAGACUCAACCUCACAGUGUGUUACCGUGACGACACGCUCAAGCCCUGCACACAGCGUGAUUAACUCGUCCUCACCAGAACAUGAGAGAGAGGAAGAGGAUGAAAGGUUCAGAAUGCUGAUCAAGGUGGCAGAUCGGGAGCCCAGCUAUGUGUCCGAGGGGAAUGGUUUCUCAGGACCCUGUACCCAUCCACAUCACUGCCCCGGCAGUACUUCCCCGAGCCUCACGUCUCCUGUCCACCACCCAGACUGCCAGUCACAGUCACCCUACGUGAGGAGAGCGGAGUUGAGCAUACAGAGGCAUUCAUCUGGUGAAUCCCAACCCCCCUCCCCUAGAUUUGCCUACGAGCCCCCUCUGUAUGAGGAACCCCCUUCUGAAUACCAGGCGCCUCCCAUUUAUGAAGAACCACCAACUGAUCUGCACUGUGACGCCUCCCAUUACAGCGCGGACAUGUCUCCGGCACGAAAGACCACCGCAAGUUACCACUCACCCAAACAAAGCCACUCCCCUUACAGCCAGCUGGUGUUGACCCGGCAGAAACCAGCCAGUCAGCAGAAGAAUGCUAACCUGGAAUUCCAAGACUACUGCCAAAGUGGGCUGGACUGCAGUGCUGGGAGACGGGAUUAUGCCUCCAGUGAGCAAAGCUGUAGUUCUAGUGGCCGAGAAUACAGUGCAGCGGGGCGAGAAUAUGUGAAGCAACUGGUUUAUGUGGAACAAUCUGGCUUUCGGACUGCAGAACACCUGACAUGCUAUAACACUGUGGGGAAUGUGUCAGCUCCAGGGGGGAACUUUAGUGGUUCCUUCACACUGCAGCACACUGCACCGGCGGGAAAGCGCAAACACAAAGCCUACAAACCUUCACUGGAGGGCGGGGUCACAGCACAGGAGAGCGCGGAGUCUGCAGUGCUGAAGGCACAGUUGGCCCAGGAGGCCCAGCAGGCUCUGAAACUUCGGAUGAGGUGGGAUCAAGGUGGCGGAGCUUCAUUACAGCACAGAAGGGCCAAGGAUGGUUACGAAAGUGACGGGGCAAUGCCCCUUCCCCUGCCAGGUCCUGUUGUGCGUGCCCUCAGCGAAGACGAAGCACUGGCUCAGAGUGACAGUAUCUGGAGGAGGAAUACUCACACCCUUGAUAGACUGGCCUUCACACACAGUCUGCUGGAGAAAAGCCAGUCUGUACAGACCAACCUGGCUUCACCUGAACCCAUGCUUCACCCAUCGCAGUCAGAAGAUUUGGGAGCAUGUUUUCAGUUUGACAGUAUGCGGAAUGUCCGAAACAUGAUGCCUAGUUCCAGUUGUGGCGUUUUCCCAGCUUUUUCUCUAAGAAAGCCCUCCUCUGAGACUGAUAUUGAAAACUGGGCAUCCAAACAUUUUAAUACACACACACAGGGCUUGUUUCGGAGAAAGGUGUCAAUCGCAAAUAUGCUGGCUUGGAGCAGUGAGGCCAUUAAGAAGCCCAUGAUUAUGACAUCAGAUAGGAUAAUCAAACGAGAAGCAGUUGAUCUCUUCAAACUCAUCCAGACCUAUAUGGGUGAUCGCCGAGGGAAGGUAGAACCAUUGUCCGUUGCCUUGGAGAUAGUGGUGAGAGGCUGGAGCUUACAAGGUCUUCGGGAUGAGUUGUACAUUCAGUUGUGUCGUCAAACAACUGAAAACUUCCGUUACGACAGCCUAGAGAGGGGCUGGGAGCUAAUGGCUAUCUGUUUGGCUUUCUUUCCUCCAACACCCCGAUUCCACUCCUACUUGGAGGGGUACAUAUACAGACACAUGGACCCUCUUAACGACAACAAGGGUGUGGCCAUCAGCAGUUAUGCUAAAUACUGUUAUCGUAGACUCCAGAAGGCUGCCUUGACAGGAGCUAAAAAGGGUUUGAAUAAACCCUGUUUGGAAGAAAUAAUUCACGCACGGAACGCCAUAUUCAACCCUUCCAUGUUUGGCUCCUGUUUAGAGGACAUUAUGGCACUCCAGAAGGAACGAUACCCUGAUAAACAGUUACCUUGGAUACAAACACGCCUGUCUGAGGAAGUACUUGGACUCAAUGGAGAUCAGACUGAAGGAGUCUUUAGAGUCCCUGGUGAUAUUGAUGAGGUGAAUGAUUUAAAAAUUCAAAUCGAUCAAUGGAAAGUCCCCACCGGCCUUGAGGAUCCACAUAUUCCAGCAUCUCUGUUGAAGUUAUGGUAUAGGGAACUGGAGGAACCUGUGAUUCCACAUGCAUAUUAUGAGGAGUGUAUAUCUAACUGCGACUCUCCCGAAGCUGCUGUGAAUGUGGCCCUCAGCCUGCCACACAUCAACAAACUCGUGCUCUGCUACCUCAUCCGCUUCUUGCAGGUCUUUGCCCAACCCUGUAAUGUGAGUGUAACUAAAAUGGAUGUGAAUAAUUUAGCAAUGGUGAUGGCUCCAAAUGUUCUACGCUGCAUGUCCGACGAACCACGCGUCAUCUUUGAGAACACUCGGAAGGAGAUGAGCUAUAUACGUGUACUUAUACAACACCUGAAUACUAGUUUCAUAGAGGGAGUGCUAUAACACACAUACUUGGACACACACACACACACACACACACACACAAUGAAAGCACAGACAUACAAACCAUACAUACCUACCAUAUUAAGACUCAUUUUGGACUAUUCUUCAGCACCCCAUCAUUUAUGCACAUGAAUCCCCUCUUAGAUUGUCGGGUCACACACACUGAGUCUGAUGUCCUUGUGUCCUCACCUGCUUGUACACAGUACAUUCUCUGAAUGUUUCUGAAAUGUUUUCUGAAGACAUUUCCAUGACACUUUACUUACAGCAGGUAUCUGCUGCUUGUAUGGGUAUUAAAAUACCACUGUAUUAUGUAAAUGUAACUAUAUAAGGAUAACACACAAAAUAACAGGUACAAAAUGUAUUAGAGUGAAUUAUGUUACUCUGCUAUCAAAAUGUUAUGUUACUAAAAUAUGGUCGGAUCUUCACCUAAGCCACAAUAAUGAACAAACAGAAACGGUUUUAACUAAUAACACACAAAUGAUUGUACUGUUCUUGUCCAUAUUGAAUACAUCAUUCAAACAAUCACAAUGUCGGUUGGAAGAUGUAUGUGAAACCCUAGGCUCACGACUCCAACAGUAGUUCAUUGGCAGGAGGCAGGAGCUAGCGAGCCUGGAGUCCAAUCAAUAUAAUUCAUUUGGAGAUGUGGGUUAGAGCUACUCUGACUUGACACUGAACACUGAAAGGCUGAAGCUCAGUAAAAGAUGGGUGAUGAAGCAGAUCAAAGACCCUAAUCAUCGGAUUAAGCUUCCUAGAGAAUGGCUUUAAAAAAGAACAUUUGCCUUUUGGCAGGGACGUGCACAGGAAUUUUGAAUUUUGAAAUUUUCUGAAAAAAAGGGGCAACAUGUUAAUUUU